AUGUACUCUAAAGCUCUUCUCGCAGCGUCUCUGGCCGGACUGGCUACUUCAGCCACCACCAAUACCAACCUUCAGACUACUUUCCCAUCAGCUUCUGGAACUACUAACUUGGCUGCCGUCAAAACUAUUGCCGCUGGAGCUUCUUUCGAUGGAGGGAUGAAGCAGUGGGAUCGCAAUCCGAGCACAUGCAACGAACAAGCCGAAGGUGGCGAUGCUGAUGCCGUCUUCCUCCUCCAAAGCGGUGCCACCCUCUCCAAUGCCAUCAUCGGCGCCAACAACGGCGAAGGAGUCCACUGCCUUGGAACCUGCACCCUAAACAAUGUCUGGUGGACCGACGUCUGCGAAGACGCUGCAACCUUCAAGCAAUCCUCGGGAACAUCGUACGUCAAUGGCGGAGGUGCCCGUAAUGCCGACGACAAGGUGCUGCAGCACAACGGAGGCGGAACCGUCGCCGUGAAGAACUUCUUCGCUCAAAAUGUCGGGAAGGUGUAUCGUAGUUGUGGAAACUGCGAUACACAGUAUGCAAGGUCGUCCACGUUUACGAAUAUUCGGGUGGAUGGCGCGGAUGUGGUUGCGGGGGUUAAUGGGAAUGAGGGAGAUAAAACUACAAUCUCAAAUUCAUGUCUCUUGAACAGCAAGAUUUGCUGGCUUUACAAGGGUAAUGAUGACGGUGAUGAGCCCACCAAGACGGCUUCUGCACCUGAUGGCGUUGUGUGCGCGACCAGCGCUGUUAAGACGAGUGGAUGCUGA